AUGUUGUUUAGGGUUUGUUCUGAUAAUAGGUUGUUUCCAGAGGCGGUUAGGGUUUUUGAUUAUGUGGAGGAAAAGGGGUUCGUGAUAGAGGAGAGGUCUUGUUUUGUGCUUUUGCUUGCUUUGAAGAGAUGUGGUGAGAUUGAGUUGUGUCUUAGAUUCUUCCGCCGGAUGGUUGAGUCUAAUGGAAUUGAAAUUAGGGUUCAGUCUUUGACACUUGUGAUUGAUGGCUUGUGUAAGAGAGGAGAGGUUGAGAAAGCUAAGGAGUUGAUGGAUGAGAUGGUCACUAAAAGCAUUGUGAAACCGACUGUGUUUACUUACAAUACGUUGUUGAAUGCGUAUGUUGGAAGAAAGGAUCGAAGUGGAGUUGGUGAGAUACUGAGGUUGAUGGAGAAGGAGCCGGUUGUUUUUAGUGUGGCGACUUAUAGUAUUUUGAUUCAGUGGUAUUCUAGUUCUGGUGAUAUUGGGGAAGUGGAGAAGAUAUUCGAGGAAAUGCGUGAAAGAAAAAUAGAAAUUGAUGUUUAUGUUUAUUCGUCCAUGAUAAGUUGGAAUUGUAGGUUGGGAAAUAUGAAAAGGGCAUUUGCGUUGUUUGAUGAGAUGGCUCAGAGAAAUGUUGCUCCUAAUGCACAUACUUACGGCGCGUUGAUUGGUGGUGUGUGUAAGGCUGGUCAAAUGGAAGCUGCGGAAAUCUUGUUGGAAGAGAUGCAAAGUAAGGGAAUUGACCUAAAUAUGAUAAUAUUUAACACGAUGAUAGAUGGCUACUGCAAAAGAGGAAUGAUGGAUGAAGCUUUGAGGCUGCAAACGAUCAUGGAAAGGAAAGGAUUCAAUGCAGAUGUGUUUACAUUCAACAUUCUUGCAAAUGGGCUAUGUAAAUUGCAUAGGUAUGACGAAUCCAAGUGUACUUUAAAUUCAAUGGUAGAGAAAGGAGUGGAACCAAAUGUUGUGACUUUCACUAUGUUUAUCGAGAUAUAUUGCAAGGAAGGAAACCUUGCUGAAGCUGAGAGGUUCUUUAGGGAUAUGGAGAAAAAGGGAGAAGUGCCUAAUAUUGUUACAUAUAACACUCUCAUUGAUGUGUAUUGCAAGAAAGAAAAAGUGAAGCUAGCACAUUUGACAAAAUCUGAAAUGAUAAACAAGGGGUUAUUGCCAGAUGUGUAUACAUACACAUCGCUAAUACACGGGGAAUGUAUUGUUGGCAGGGUAGACGAGGCGCUUAAAAUUUUCGAUGAGAUGAGGUCAAAGGGGAUAACUGGAAAUGUCGCAACGUAUACAUCACUUAUUUCAGGUUUAUCCAAGGAGGGGAGAGCAGAUGAAGCAUUUAAGUUGUAUGAUGAGAUGAUAAAAAUGGGCCUAAUACCUGAUGAUAGAGUUUUUUCCGCACUUGUUGGUAGUCUUCACAAACCUCUCACUCAUGCUGGUCUAAAACAAAAUGAGUAUGAGGAUCUGAAGUAG